AUGUCAGAAAGCCCGAAGUUUGACAUCAAGGAGGCAUAUCUCAAGUUCCUUCGGGAUGACCCAGAAAUGACAAUGCCUGUCGCUGCUAUAGAAGCGCUUUUAACAAUGCUCAAAAUAAAGCAGCCUAACACUUCUUCAGAGUUGGUUAGACUUAUGAAUGAUGCUACAAAGCAGUUGAAAAGUUCUGUUUCCAAUGCUAUCUCUUUGUCGGCAGGAUGUGAUUUAUUCAUGAGAUUUAUUCUCCGAAAUGUGCACCUUUAUUCAGACUGGGAAUCGUGCAAAAAGCAUCUAGUGCAGAAUGGACAGUUAUUUUUACAAAGAGCAAAGGAUAGUCGGUACCGGAUUGCGCGAGUGGGCAUAAACUUCAUCAAUGAUGAUGAUACUAUACUAGUGCACUCAUACUCAAGAGUAGUUCUUAGUCUCCUAGAGUAUGCAAAAUCAAAAUUUGUUCGUUUCAGGGUGUUCGUAACGGAAGCAUGUCCGGAUAAAGGAGAGAGUAAUGGUGUGAGAAUGGCACAUUCCCUGAAAGCAAUUGGAAUUCCCGUUUGUCUUAUUCCAGACUCGCAAGUUGGUUUUGUUAUAAACAAAGUUGAUAAAGUGUUUAUGGGAGCAGAAGGUGUCUCCGAAAGUGGUGGAAUUAUCAACCAUAUGGGCUCGUUUCAGAUUGGGGUUCUAGCAAAAAAUGCAAAAAAGCCUCUUUAUGUGGUGGCAGAGUCUCAUAAAUUUGUGAGGAUGUUUCCACUGGCCCAGGAUGAUCUUCCGUCUGAACUGGGAACGAAACUUACAUUCACAACUGAUCAGAAUGUUGGUUUGAUGGAUCACCCAAAUGUUGAUUUCACUCCCCAUCAGUAUAUCACUGCUUUAAUAUCUGACUUAGGUGUUUUGACCCCGUCUGCUGUUUCUGAAGAGCUCAUUAAAAUGUGGUAUGACUAA